AUGAGCAACUAUCUACAGAGGAACAUAAAAGAGGCUUACACCACUCAUGCAGAAUUAGGGAUCUCAAAGUCUCAGCUGUCCACAAAGGAGCUGCCUGAGGCCUCUCAACAAACUGUGAAGAGCACAAGGUCAAAGGUCACCCCAGAGAGAGUGGCCCUGUUGGUUCUCAGUGCUCUUCUGGCUGCUGCUGUUGUUGCCCUCUGUGUUACCAAAAGAGACUCUGAAGAAAAACCAUGCAGCACGGUGCAGCCUACAUGUCCACAACCUCCUGAAGUUACAGGUGAGCCAUGUUCUAAAUGUGAAGAAGGCUGGGAGCAACAUGGAGGAAAGUGCUAUUACUUCUCUACCAGUAAAUCAUCCUGGAACAAGAGCAGAGAUGAGUGUAGAGCUAAAGGAGGAGACCUGGUUAAAAUAGACAGCAGAGAGGAGCAGGAAUUCCUGGGGAAAAAAGUGAGACGCAUAAUGACGGAUCAUGAAGACAAGUUCUGGAUCGGACUGACAGACUCAGCAGAGCAGGGCAGAUGGUUGUGGGUGGACGGAUCACCACUGAACAAAAGUUUAUCUUAUUGGAACUACUAUGAGCCGGACAACUGGACAGAGGACAACUGUGUACUGAUGGGUGAAAAAGGUGAUCGUUACCUGAAGAGUUGGUCUGAUACAUCCUGCAAAGUGUCUCACAGAAGUAUUUGUGAGAAACCAGCAGCAAAAGGACAGAAUAAAAUUUUAUGUGUCUGAAAUUCAGCUGUAAAACUGUACAGGAAACAGGAUACUGUGUGAUUCUUUAUUUUCUAUGUGACAAACAUUUAAAAAUCACUUAGCAAAUGUUUUGUAGAAGAAACUGAAACAUACUAACACAAAUCUGAGUUAUAUUUUUAUUAAAUGUGUUUAUUGAGGUAAUUUGUUUCUGCAGCAGUGUUUACAUCUGUGAAAUAUUAAAAUAUUGUUCCUUAUUUUUCCUUGUCUUUUCUUUUAAGAAUUUAUAUUUAUAUAUUCAACUGUUGGUGUGUGCUGCCGUAGCCUCGGGUUUAUAUUGUUUAAAUAUAAAUCUGAGUUUUAAAUGUCAGUGUUUUAAAUAUUUCAUUCACACAUGUUUUCAGAUAGUGUAGAGGAGGAUUUUUCAGUAUGUGCAUUGAGAAGUUUCACUGGACACUGUGAUAUU